AUGUCGUGGGCUAUUCAAGAUCAAGCUGUGUUCUACAACGGGCUGGCGCUAAAGGAUGCCGUGAAAUUUCCGCAGAAUGGAAUUCAUAAUAUCUGCGAGCGUGGGGGUAUUGUUGGGCGUGGUAUCUUAGUGGACUGGUUGAGAUGGUGGCAGGACCACAAUCCAACAGCUAAUCCUCCCAACCCGGCAAGCAGAUGGGCCAUUUCGGUCUCUGAAAUCGAGAAAACGCUGGAGUGGCAAGGCACGGAAUGCAGACCUGGGGAUAUACUGCUCCUACGAACCGGAUUCGUUAAGUGGCACAACGAAGCGGGCGCCACCACGCGCGCGACCGGCGUGCGCUCGUGCCGAUACAUCGGCGUCGAAGGAAAAAUGGAGACCGUCCGCUGGCUAUACCGUAGACGAUUGGCCGCCGUAGCCUGCGAUACCAUGGGGUUCGAGGCAUGGCCGUAUGCGCGCGACUGCUGCCUGCAUGAGUGGUUGCUUUGUCAAUGGGGGACGCCGAUUGGAGAGCUAUGGGAUCUUGAGAGGCUGAGUGAGCAGUGUGCCGUGCUGGGAAAAUGGUCAUUUUUGCUUACGAGUGCGCCGUUGCAUAUUAAAGGUGGGGUGGGGUCGCCACCGGGGGCUAUUGCUGUGUUGUAG